AAUAGGUAGAUUUUUGAAGCAGAUGGGCGAUGAGAACGAGAUCUUUAAAAUAAAGACGGAGGUUGUCGACGACCACGUUGAACUAAAAGAGGAAGAAUCACUAUUAAAACGUGUAUUAACGGAACACUUAAAAAAACCUAUAAAGGAUGAAUUAUCUCUCGACAUACCACCUUCGAUCGACUGCGACUUUUUGGAUAUCGCGACUGAUCACCUCUUUGACAAUCAACUCGUCCCAGAUGACAUCUUUGAGGAUGCCGUCGGCCUACUCAACGAUAUGGAACGUCAAAUAUCAACAAACUACGUGACAGAUCAUACUUAUUGUUGUAAUUCGCCGACACCUAGGAAAUCUUCGAAUUCAUCAUCCGCCUCUCUUUUAGAGCAGAUGCUACGUUGCCCUCAGGGAAACGAGGAACGACUAGCUGUAAAACAUAAAAAGUCUUUUCCCACUCCCUCUCCUACUGACGAUGGUGAAACUGAAUGGUAUGAACCGUUCCUUAAACAGGCUCAUCUGGAACUACCCGAUUCGCCUAUUAGUGUAGAUUCCGUAGAGGAGGAAAGAUACUUUGGAUUGGAUUCUGGUGGCUCUUCACCAACCUCUUCCACGGAAGAUAAGAUCGAUAUAAACUUUUUUGUCAUAUCACCACAUGAAGUUAUGGAAUGCUCUCUUUGCUUUUUUCGAACGAGAACAUAUUCAUCAUUCAAGUCUCAUAUUAUAUGCAAUCAUCCCUAUUGGCGUAUAACGAAGAAACUUAGCAAAAGUCGUUUACUAGUUGAAAGAGUAGAACGUAGUAUGCCAAAAGUUCUUAUUUCGGAUACAGAUUUACAAAACCAUAUGCAGAAUCUUAGGAAAAUUCCGUCAUCUCGACGGAAUUCAACGGAGCAAUACUGCCAUGUUCGUUCGGAUCCUGUUUUUCAAAGAAACAGGCGCCUUUACGUCUGUGUUGAGUGCCAUGAACUCUUCGUUUUCGAGGGUUCCGCCCACAAUCACGUGAUCGAACAGCAUGAACUUCCCGAUGUUGGUGGGGCUGUAGAGGUGCACGAUGCUGCUUAUGCUUGCGUUGCAGCAAGUGGAGAUCACGGUCAGAAUUGGGGCCCAGUUUAUCGAUGUUUGGUUAGAGGUUGCUUUUUUACCGGUGUAACUGGUGUUGAACUUCAGCAACACUCUAGACAACAUAAGAAGUUUUAUUAUAAAUGCUUGCUUUGUCAUUCAAAUGUGGAGACAAACGCCGGUAUGAGACGCCACGCAGAAAAACACAAACACCUCAAUUCAAUAGAACCAGUUAUAUCUUAG